UGUGACGAUUUAAACUGCUUAGCUGUCAUUACGGCAGCUAGUAUACCACGAUAUUUCACAUCUCGUUGAGCAUAAAGCUUGCGAGUGAUAUAUAACUAAUAAAUUUUAAAAAUUUCAACAUGGGACGAAAUCAGCAAGUGUAUCCUACGAUGCAUUCUACUUAUUAUCUCAAGCCUGGACAAACAUUACAAAAUACAAAGAUAUCAGAGCGGCCACUUGUAUUGGUGACUUCAAAAAGCGCUUACAAUCGCAUGGUGGAUUAUGCAAGUGAAAACGAAAGAAAGGCUAUGAUGGCCGAGAAAGCGGCAAUUAAAAUGGCAAAACUUAGACAGGCAACUUACGAAAUGUCCAAAAAUUGGGAUAAUACAGUCGAGAAUAUAAAGAAAAGACGCACCGAAGAACUUCUGGCAAAGAGAAAGGAGGAGCAAGCCGCAAGGGCGGAUUUUAUCAAAGAGAUGGCAGCGAAAAACGCAGCAGAUCGAAUGGAAGUCGUGAAGGAGGCGAGAAAAUUACUCCUUUACAAGAAACCACAAUGCAGACUUAUUCUCGGUGCUCUUAUCACUUCUGAGUGUUUCAGAGAGAGGGACGCGCAAGUGGCUUUUCAAAAAACAAUCGAAAGCGUUGACAAAGAAAGAGACAUGGAAUAUGCCAGCCUUAUUCAAAAAGAUGUUAUUAAUUACCAAGAAGAGGAACGACAAAAAGCUGAGGAACAGGCCAAAAAGAAUAAGGAGCACGGAAUUCAAUUAAAGAAACAAAUAGACCAGAUGGAAAGAGAUUUGAAGAGAAUGCAAAUGAAGGAGCUGGAAUAUGGGAAGAAGAACUUGGAAAAUAUAGCCAGAGAAUUAGAACACAUUAAAAAGUGUGAAACGGAACAGAUACAAAGCAGAAAAAAGAAACUAACGCAACUCUUCACGGAAGCAAUAGAAGAGAAGAAACGUUACGAGCUUCAAAUGAAGCAAGAAGAAGAGUGUGAAAAUCGCGCCCUUGAGGUUCUCGCCAAAGCAAAGAAGCGUAUUGAUCAAAUUCACAAACAAAAGCAUCAAGAAGAACUUAAUGAAAGAGCAAAACAUGCUGCUGAUAUUGCAAAGAAAUGUGCAGCAGUUCGAAAAUCGCGCGAGGCGCAGGAAGAGGAGAGUAUACGAAAAGCAUUGGAGAAAAGGGAAGCAAUCGAAUUGAAGAAGAUAGAGUCGCGUAAAAAAUAUGAAGAAGAAUUACAUAUUGAAAUGGAAAAAUACCGAGCAGAGGUGGAAGAGAUGAGAAAGAAGCGGGAAAUUGAAAAUCAUAUUUUGAAGGACUGGGAGAGGUUUCAAAGAAUCAAAAGAAAUGAAUAUGAUGAGAAGAAAAAGCAAGAACUUUUGGAAAGAGAACGAAAAGUUAAAAUUGAAAAUGGCGCCGCACUUCGUAAACAAAUGGCGGAAAAAGAAGCUGAACGUAAACGGGAACUUAUGCUAGAAGGUAAUUCGACUCAUUUCAAAGAAAUGAUUCAAAAAACCAAUGAAAAAAUUCUUGCUUAUGGAGAAGAAGUUUUGAAGGAAUCUGAGGGUGUGAGACCUCUAUUUCCAAUUCUUAAAGCUAUUCAGCAAUUUAAAAAAGAUAAUAAUCUAUUACCACCUAAAAGAUAUGAAGAAGCACCGACUCUGGUGGAGAGACGUCGAAAAAUUCGUCCACAAUGUACAAACUCUAUCCCAGAGGAAAAGAUACAUUAUUUAUAAAAUUAUUCAAUGUAAUAAUCAUAAAAUAUCUUAUUUGUAAUACAAAAAUAUGUUAACGCCUUACAAAUGUAUUGAAAUUU